UAAAUACUCGAUUUUCCAUGCGAAAUGUAAGCAUUUCUGGAAUUAUUCUAAUUUUGUUCUUGUUGUAAACGGACGUAAGCGGUAUCAAUAUUAAAAGCGAAAGUCAAAUAUAUUAACAUUAUAAUGACAACGUACACAGAUAAGGGAAAAAAACCAGAGAAUGGACGAUUUUUGGCAUUCGAUCACAUUACUUUUUGGGUAUCGAAUGCAAAGCAAGCAGCCAGUUACUUCAUAACGCGGUUCGGUUUCGAGCCUCUGGCAUACAAAGGCUUAGAAACGGGUUCUAGAAAAUUCGCAUCUCAUGCUGUUAGAAUGAACAAGAUUAUAUUCAUAUUUCAAGCGCAAUACGAACCCGAUGAAACUGAAUUUGUUAAAGAGGUAGAAUAUCACGGCGACUUUGUCAAGGACGUAGCCUUCCAAGUGGAAAACUUAGACUAUAUACUUGAAUAUGCGAAGAAACAAGGGGCUGUCGUUGUUCGAGACCUCUGGGAGGAAAAAGACGAAUUUGGUGUCGUUCGGAUGGCAACCCUGAAAACCUAUGGCGACAACACACACACACUGGUCGAUAGGUCAAAAUACAAAGGAUCUUUCUUACCUGGUUAUCAACCCUCAGCAAAAGAUCCUAUUCAGAAUUUUUUGCCGAAAGUUGAAAUUAAUUUUGUGGAUCACGUAGUUGGUAAUCAGCCAGAUAAUGGAAUGGAAGAAGCUGCAUCGUGGUACGAACGCUGUCUGCAAUUUCACAGAUUCUGGUCGGUGGAUGACAAACAAGUGUGUACGGAAUACUCCGCUCUCCGAUCUGUGGUGAUGGCGAAUUGGGAGGAGACAGUGAAGUGCCCUAUCAACGAACCAGCCGCUGGCAAACGAAAGAGUCAGAUUCAGGAAUACGUGGAGUAUCAUGGCGGUGCUGGUGUGCAACAUAUUGCCAUCAAUACUGAGGAUAUUAUUACCGCGAUUGAACAUCUUCGUGAACGUGGCGUCGAAUUUCUGUCCAUACCGUCAGUAUAUUACAAAAUAAUACGUGAAAAGUUGAAAAACAGUAAAGUCCAAGUCGCAGAGAGCAUAGACACGCUGGAGCGGCUCAACAUCCUCAUAGACUACGACGACGAUGGCUACCUUCUACAAAUAUUCACCAAGAACACGCAAGAUCGACCAACGCUAUUCUUAGAAGUGAUACAGAGAAGAAACCAUAAUGGUUUUGGUGCUGGCAACUUCAAAACAUUGUUUGAAUCUAUUGAAUUGGAACAAGAAAAACGGGGUAAUCUUUAAAUUAGUCGAUUAAUUCCAUAAGUAAUGUUAACACACUCAAUAAUAAUAAAUACUUAAGUUUAGGUUAUGUUAUUAUAUUAUGGACAUGAGUAAAUAUGUUAGUCAAUACAAAGUUAAAAAAUGUUGUCUAUUGUUAAGAAAUUAUUUACAAUAUAAUACAAACAGUUUACUGUAGAAUAAUUCUAGUAACAUAAAAUGUCACUUAAUUAUGAACUUUUAGAGGAGUGUGGCAGUAUAAUAAAACGUCAGCUUUGUAGUGAGUAGGAUCGUGGAAUGUUUAUUAGAAAAAUGUUUCAAGUAUAUAUGCAAAAGGUUUCAACAAAAAGAGAACUCCUUUAAGAGCGUAUCAUCUGUUUCAAAUAGAUAGACUUUUGUUAGAACUGAUCGUUGUUUCAAACGAUGAGGAACAGCGUACAGAUGUGCUACUACAAACUAUUGGAC